CUUCGUACUUCCGAAUGACACCUUUGUCCAAUGUCAACUCCUACGUGAUGGCUACCACCUAUUCACAAACCGUUUUUCUUUCUUCUUCUUCUUGUUAUAUAUAUAUAUAAGAAUUUAGAUUGCAAUGCAUGCAUAAGGGAAACAAACCUUGGUUUAUAUUAUAUGGUCACAUUUUUCUAGUUUCCCUGAGGCUGCAAAUUAACCAUCAUGAACAUGAAGAACUUGAGCAUCUCUUUGUGCAUGCUUCUCAUAGCUCUUGUGCGCUUAGGUGUUAGUGCACCCUCUAACUUCAACUAUGGUGAAGCCCUUGACAAGAGUUUGAUGUUCUUUGAAGCACAAAGGUCUGGUAAGUUACCACUUCAGCAACGAGUCAAGUGGCGUGGUGAUUCUGGUCUCCAAGAUGGUUUACAGCAAGGAGUAGACCUGGUGGGUGGUUAUUAUGAUGCUGGUGAUCAUGUGAAGUUUGGGUUGCCAAUGGCCUACAGUGUCACAUUGCUUUCAUGGGGAGCCAUUGAGUUCAGCAAGGAAAUCACAGACUUGAACCAAAUAGGACACACAUUAUGGGCCAUUAAAUGGGGAACUGACUACUUUAUCAAAGCACACACUCAGCCUAAUGUUCUUUGGGGACAGGUGGGUGAUGGAGUUUCUGAUCAUUACUGCUGGGAGCGUGCUGAAGACAUGACGACUUCAAGAGGUGCCUAUAAAAUUGAUGAACAACACCCUGGCUCAGAUCUGGCAGGUGAAACUGCAGCUGCAUUGGCUGCUGCAGCUAUAGCUUUCAGGCCCUACAACUCCUCCUACUCUAGCUCCCUUCUAGUUCAUGCAAAACAGCUCUUCACAUUCGCAGAUAGGUUCAGAGGUCUCUAUGAUGACUCCAUAUCAAAUGCUCAGCAAUUUUAUACUUCGUCUGGUUACUCAGAUGAAUUGUUGUGGGCUGCGGCUUGGCUGCACCUAGCAACUGGUGAUGAAUACUACCUAAAGUAUGUGGUGGACAAUGGUGUGUAUAUGGGUGGAACUGGCUGGGCAGUAAAAGAGUUCUCUUGGGACAAUAAAUAUGCUGGUGUGCAGAUCCUCCUAUCAAAGGUAUUGCUAGAAGGAAAGGCUGGUUCUUACGCUGCUACACUAAAGCAAUACCAGGCUAAGGCUGACUAUUUUGCCUGCGCCUGCUUGCAAAAGAAUGAUGGUUACAAUGUCCAGAAAACUCCAGGUGGCUUGCUAUACGUGCGUGAAUGGAACAACAUGCAGUAUGUUUCUUCUGCUGCAUUUCUCUUAGCAGUUUACUCUAAUUAUCUCUCAGAAAACAGAGCACAGCUCAACUGUCCAGAUGGACAAAUUCAGCCUCAGGAGCUCCUCAGUUUUGUUAAGUCACAAGCUGACUAUAUCCUUGGUAAAAACCCAGCGGAUAUGAGCUACUUGGUAGGAUAUGGACCAAAAUAUCCUCUUUAUGUUCAUCACAGAGGGGCUUCCAUUGCUUCAAUCUUUUCUCUUCACAAUGAGGUUGGCUGCACCCAAGGAUUUGAGACAUGGUAUAACCGUGCUCAGCCAAAUCCUAAUGUCAUCUGUGGUGGCCUCGUGGGUGGUCCUAAUAAGAAUGAUGACUUCUCUGAUGAUAGAUCCAAUUAUGAGCAAACUGAGCCUACACUUUCAGGUUCUGCUCCUCUUGUAGGCAUCUUCGCUAAACUGCAGAGUUUAUAUGGUCAAAUAGGUGAAGGUUACACCCAUAAUGGAUCACCAGUUCCCCAGCAAAAAACACCUGGUACAAACCCGGGGAAAACAACAGUGUCUGAAAUAUCAGAAGGUGCCCCAGUUGAAUUCCUUCACUCAAUUAGCAGCUCAUGGAAUGUUGGAGGUGCAACUUAUUACCGUCACAGGGUGAUAAUCAAGAACACUUCUUCAAAGCCAAUCUCAGAUCUUAAGUUGGUGAUUAAGGAUCUCUCAGGCACUUUAUGGGGCCUCUCUCCAACAGAAGAAAAGAACACCUAUGAACUUCCCCAAUGGCACAAAGUCUUGAAUCCUGGCUCCGAGUGUAUUUUUGUAUAUGUACAAGGAGGACCCCAGGCUAAAGUAUCGAUCAAAAGCUUCCAUUGAUCAUUUGUAGAGGCCACAUUCACAAAAGGCACAUUUUUCCACAAGAGUAAUUGACAGUUAAACUUCUGCCGCUCCAUGAUUGUAAUUUUGUAAUAUCAACUUGUCAAUCAAGUCCAUACCCACUUAAAAUAUUUGUAAUAUCAGUUUCUCAAGCUUUCCUGUUUGAUUCUACAAACAAUCAAACAUGUGAAAAAAGGUCAUUUAUGAAAUUAAAAUCUUAUACAAAAAGGAUAUAUAUCUUUGUUUGCCAAGGAAAAAGUAUUCAAUAGAAAACC